AUGGCGCACAAGUUUCCAAGGUCUUCGAAGUUGCUUUCUGAAAGCAUGUAUGUGGACGACCUACUCACGGGGGCUGAAAAUGAAGAAGCGGCGCUGAAUCUGUACGAAGAUGCCAACGACAUGAUGACAGAAGCAUCGAUGAAGUUACACAAGUGGGCUUCCAACAGCAAACUUCUUCGGGAACGUUUUGAGACAGAUACGGGGGACACAAAGCACCUCGGCUACGUUGCAGGAGUGCUGAAAGUACUGGGACUAGUGUGGAAUCCUGUCGAAGACAAGUUGGGCUACACCGUAGACAACGUACCGAGCUACGAUGAAGAAAAUCUACACACAAAGAGAACAAUGUUGAAAGCAACGGCAAGUGUGUACGACCCGCUUGGAUGGGUAGCACCAUUUCUUGUACGCGCCAAGCAUCUUUUUCAGAAGCUAUGGGUCAUGGAAGUCGACUGGGACGACGUAGUACCUGAUGGCAUCGAUACUGAAUGGAAAAAGUGGUGUUCGGAAGUUGACAAGCUGCGGAACAUUCAAGUUCCUCGCCGUUACACCGAAAGUCUCCCAAGCCAGAGUUGUUUCUUCACCUUACACAUCUUUGCGGAUGCAAGCCCCAUCGCUUACGGAACUGUUGCGUACUUGAGUGGCACUGACGAGCAUGAUAAUACCACUUCGACGAUUCUCAUCAGUAAAUCCCGAAUUGCUCCUGUCAAAACGUUAACAUUGGCAAGACUGGAACUAAUGGCGUGCGUGUUAUCAGCGAGAUUGUAUUCCUACUUGCAACGUCAUCUGAAAGUCCGUCUAGAAGAAGUGGUCUUCUGGUCAGACUCGACGAUCACUAUCCAUUGGAUCAACGGCGAGCCAAGCAGGUGGAAAACCUUCGUACGAAACCGUGUGGAAGAUAUUCAACGACACACGGAUGCUACUCAGUGGCGACAUUGUUCCGGGAAGGAGAACCCGGCAGACUUAGUAACGAGAGGAGUAUCCGCGACGAACCUGGUUUACAGUACCCUGUGGUGGAACGGGCCGGAGUGGAUAAGGGAAUCAAAGGAGAACUGGCCUCAAGGAAAAACGGAUGGUGUGCAGUAUCAUAGUAGUGAAGAGGAGGCCGUGAAGGAAACAGGGGUCCUUCAGACGCAAGUCGCUGAAACGACAGGCAACGCUUUGCUAGACGUAGAGUCGUAUAGCAGUCUUCACUGA